AUGAACGUAAUAAUGUCGUCACAAAUCAAUAUUGAAUGUAUCAAAUCAUUAAUAUUAAAAAAUCUUCCACCCACUAAUAAUCACAUCUAUCAAUUUCUAUCAUCAUAUUCAUUAAAAUUAUUUACUGGACUUCAUUCAAUUUCACUUAGACAUGUACGUGAUAAUGAUUUACCUUUUAUAACAGACCAAUUAAUCGAUUCGUUAGUGUCAUUGUCAUUACAACAAUUACAAUCAUUAGAGAUUGUUUUUUGUAAUGGAGAAAAAGUAACAUCUGAGAAUGUGACACAUGUUGAUGAUUUACCUUUUAUAACAAAUCAAUUAAUCGAUUCAUUAUUAUUAUCAUUGUCAUCAAAAGAAUUAGAAUCAUUAGAAAAUCUUUUGCUUAAUGGAGAAGAAGCAUCAUCAUCAUCGAAGAAUGUAACACAUUUCAUUGAAACAAUAUUUUCUUCAUCAUUAUUACCGUCAUUAACAUAUUUUUAUUUAAAUAAUUGUAUAAAUAUAAAACUGAAUGAACUAUUUAUACCAAGAUCAACAACAACAAAUUUACAAUAUUUAUUUUGUUAUCAUAUGUCUAUUGAAUAUCUUAUUCAUUUAGUACCAGCAUUACAAAAAUUAAAAUCAAUCAAAAUUGAUUAUCUGUGUAAUGAUACUGAUAAAGAUUAUUUACCCCUUGCGACAACAAUAACAACGAAUAUCUUCUUACCAAAUUUAAUACGUUUAAUUGUGUACUUUAGUGAUUUUAUAGAAUUUCAAGAUAUUCAAAUUUUAUUUGAAAAAAUACCGAAUUUAAAAUAUUUAAUAGCUGCAUCUAAUCGAUCUUUAUUUGCAAAUGGCGAACAAUGGGCACUAUUAUUAUCGAGAUUUUGUCCAACCUUGAUCAAAUUUCGCUUCACACUAAGAGACAGGUUUAACCUACAAGAUCCUUUUCGUCCGUCACCAGAUGAUCUAGAAUCAACAUUUAAAAAUACUAGUGGAUAUUGGCAACAACGAAUUGUUGAAUUUAAACAUGACACAGUGGAACUAUUAUGGUCUAAUACAUAUGGAAGUUUUGAAUUUAAUGUUAAAGCAUGUUUACCACCAGCAAGUUAA